GGCUCGAGCGCACUUGGCCCGCAGCGCCUCUUGCUCCGCCUCCGCGGGCUGACCUGCGGCUGCUGCGAGGCCGCCAAGGCGCCGUCGGCAGCAGGCAUGCCUCCAAUGAGGCCUUUACCCGCCAAAGGCGCCAAGCCGGAGAGCCUGAAGGAUCCGCUGAACGACAGGCCGGUGAAGGAGGUGAGCCCCCCGCCCUCUCAGCUGCUGACCGGGGACACUUACUGGACCAAGAACAAGCUGCCCGACAUGGACGUCCUGUUCGAGCACCUGAACCUUGAGGGUCUCCUCUCACAGGAGCUGCUGCUCGAGAUCAUCAAGAAGGCAUCAGAGACCUUCGAGGCAGAGCCCAACCUCUUGAAGCUGAACGACCCGAUCACGGUGGUGGGCGACAUCCACGGGCAGUACUACGACCUCGUGAAGCUGCUGGAGGUCGGAGGACCCCCUGGCGACAACCAGUACAUCUUUCUAGGUGAUUAUGUGGACCGAGGGUCUUUCUCAGUCGAGGUAGUGAUCACAAUGUUUUCCAUGAAGAUUCGUUAUCCCAAGAGAGUUUGGAUGCUUCGUGGCAACCACGAGUGCCGGCAGAUGACGAGCUUCUUCAACUUUCGAGAGGAGUGCGAGUACAAGUACGACAUCAGCGUCUACAAUGCAAUUAUGGACUCGUUCGACAAUUUGCCCUUGGCUGCAACCAUCAAUAGUAAGUUCUUAGCCGUCCACGGUGGGCUGUCGCCGGAUUUGCCAAACGUCAAAGCGAUCAACAAAGUAAACCGUUUCCAGGAGCCUCCCAAGGAGGGCUUGUUGUGCGAUCUUCUCUGGUCCGACCCUUUGGAGCCGAAGGAGGACCAGCCAGUGAAGUCCAAGAAGACCAGUCCUCCUUUCAUUCCAAAUGAGGUUCGAGGCUGCUCGUACUUCUACAGCUUUGAUGGCGCGGCGACGUUUUUGAAAAAGAACUCACUGUUGUCCGUGAUCCGUGCGCACGAAGCGCAGCUGGAGGGUUACAAGAUGCACAAGACAAACCCGAACACGGGCUUCCCGUCGGUCAUUACAAUCUUUUCUGCGCCCAACUAUUGCGACGUGUACAACAAUAAAGGAGCAGUUCUCAAAUUCGACAAUAGCACCUUGAACAUCUUGCAAUUUAACUGUUCGCCACACCCCUACCACUUGCCGAAUUUUAUGGGCGUGUUCGGCUGGAGCAUGCCUUUCGUCAUCGAGAAAGUGACCGAGAUGCUGUACUUCAUCCUGCAGCCGUCGCACGGGCACUCCGACGACGGCGAGCUGCCCGAGCUGCCCGAGAAAAUGAGGGACACGCACCGCGCCUCGCUCUCGGCGGAUCAGAAUGAGGUCGUGGACAUCGCGACGAGGCUCGCCCAGCACGUUGAGAAGGGCGGCUUCGAGGGGAAGCGGGACACCAAGGAUGACCAGGACCGCAUGCGCAAGAAGGUGCGCACGGUGGCCAGGACCUCCGGACGUCUGUGCGCCAGCCGGCUGGGCUGCGUGCUCCGCUUCUCUUCGAGGCGCACGAGAGGGGGGGCCAGCCGAGUCCCUCCGAUCGCUUCUGGCUAA